CUUGUUAUAAUUUAAAUUGGGAUUAUUACUGCCAAUGAAUUUCACAACGCAACGUCAGACCCGCUUGUUUAGCAGGUAACGUUAAUGCUGUCACUGAGGUUGCUAGGCAGGUCAGGUUAGCUGGUAGCUAACUUGAGUUAGCUGAAGUUAAAGCGUUGUCUCCAGAACCAGUAUGCUGUAAAUUAUUCACAACACUUGAAUACAGUGACCACCACUUCCAACUAGAUGGAGGCGUUUCUAGGAGCUCUGCAAAAUCCUGACCUAAGCUCAGUGCUGUCGUCCUGUGAGCCAGAGCUGCAGGAGCUGAUGCGACAGAUUGACAUCAUGAUCAACCAUCAGAAGAGAGAGUGGGAGGCUGAGAUGAAGGCCAUGGGGCUCCGUCUGAAAAAUGGGGACGAGGAGCUGUCGACUUUCAGGGAUCUGGUUGAUCGGAGGGAUUUGGAGAUCGGACUGCUCCGCAAGCAGGUAGAAGAUGUCCAGACUGGUCGACAAGAGUCAGUCACCAAGUACGAGCAAAAGCUGCAGAAAGUCCGUGAAGAGCUAGAUAAAUUGAAGAGAAGUUAUCACAAGCUUCAGCGCAAACAGCUCAAGGACACCAGCAGAGGAGCAAAUACUAAAGAGACGGAUUUCUCAGAGGUGACCCGGCUUAGUGAAAAGAUUGAGGAAUAUCAACAGUGCUCUGUAGAGUGGGAGCAGCAACGCAACCAGUACCAAACCCAGCUGACAGCAGUGGAGGCCCAGAAUAAGAGCCUGACUGAUGAACUCAUGCACAUAAAAUCUCAGUGGGCAUCCUGUCAGCAGGAGAGGGAGCACAGGGAAUGCUGUUCAGAUGUGCAGCGUCUGCGUACUCAGCUGGAGAAGACUCAGAGCAGCCUGCACUCACAGGAGCUGGAACUGCUGCGCCUCCGACCCCUUGAGACGUGGCUGGGACAGUACCAGAGAGAGCAGCAGGUACACUCCGAGGAAAGGCAGGAGCUCCACGCCACGCUGGACUCUCAGGACACAUUUGUACGCAGAGCCAGUCUUGAGCGCCAAAGGCUUCGCAACGAGGCCGCCAGACUCAACCAAGUACUGGAAGCUAAAGAUCAAGUCAUUCGCUCUCUGGAGGACUGCCUGUCAGUUCACGGCUGUGUUGGUGUGGAAACCCUCAGACAAGACCUGGAGAAGACUGCAGCCAAGCUUCAAUGUGCCCAAGCAUGUGAGGUUCAUCUCAAGGCUGAAGUGGCAUGUCUGAAAGAAAGAAUGGAGGAGGUGAGCCGACAGAGAUCAGACCACUCGAAGGCGGAGCAGGAGCUGAGGAGCAUUAAAGCAAAUUAUGACUCCUCUGUUACAGAGAUGAAAAAGCUCAGAGAGGAGCUUCUGAGAGCCAGGCAGACUCACAGCGGAGAGGUGGAAGGCAUGAGGAAGGAGGUGUCCAAGCUGACCGGCGAGCUGCACCAUCGAGACCUCGCCAUCUCCAACCUGAGCGGAUCCUCGUCCAGCAUCAAGCAGCAGCUCCGUGGCGAGCAGGAGCGAGCAGAACAUAAGACAGCCGAGCUUCAAAUGACUCAGGCCCAGCUGGACGCUCUGCGAGCUGAGAACCAGCAUCUGAAGAGUCUGCUGCAGAGUAAAGAGUCUCACUCACCCAAGAGGAGGGAUUCCUCACUCACUUCCCUGAGGGAGAGUUAUGUGUCAUCUCUGAGCAGCUUGGAGCAGGAGAAUCAGCAGCUAAGGCAGGAACUUGUUGAGAAGCAGGCGCAGCUUGGGCAUCAGGACAAAUAUGAACGAGCGCUGCUGAGCAACGCUGCAACUGACCAACCACAGCCUGCUCAAAAAUGGUACAUGGCAAACACACAGACACAACAGAUCAAGAAAUCAAACCCUGAUGCAUUUUUUGUUUUAUUCUAUAGUCACGAAGAUCACAGACACAGGCAGGAGGUGCAGGCCACCCAAGAUAAUCUCCACGAGAACCCCACUCGUUACGAAGGCGAGAUCCGGAGGCUCUUCAAACAGCUGCAGACCAUGUCCCCGACUUCCAGAGAGCAGCCCUGCAGCCAGGCCCAAGACAGCAGGUCUCAAUCAGCAGCAUCCUCCUGCUCCUCCAACUCAUCAGGAAGCAGAAGACUCACCAGGAAAAACUCAGUGCCAAACUCCAAUGAAUCCGCUGCAGAAGGACAGAGCUCCAGCUCGGAGGACUCUCGAAGCUUAGUACCCUCUCCCUCGCAAAUGGAGCUCUUGUCAGCGUCACCCGGAGAUGGCACGGUGUCUCAUUUCUUGGAGGAAGAAAACUUGAGGUCCAAAGAGCUGCUGCAGAGACUGGACACCUACAUCCACGACAUGAGAGAAAACAACAGCAAGACGGUGUCCAAGCACCUACCUGCUGGCUCAGGUCCCGAGCCUGCCCAGACGUCUGUACAGAGCGGUCAGUGA